AUGCGGACAGCCACUCUGGUAGCAGAUAAUACGGCCCCGAUUCGCCUGACCGAAGAGCAGUCACGCAAAAUCAGCAAUCAUCCCAAAGUCCGACGGCUGCGCGCACGAUGCCAGCAGCUGACUUUACAGAUCUGUCAACUUGGAUUUACCGUCAAGGAGGCUCAACAUGAUGAACUCGGGUUGAGUCUGGACGAGGAAGAAGACACCGAGGCCAAAGGGAUCUGCAAAGAAGCCUUAAAGAUCGGUCGGCAAAAGAAAGAAGCAGAUGCUGAGUUAAAUCGGACUCUCACUAAGCUCCGCGAACCAGCCCUGGAGAAGAACCGGAAACGACAUUUCCGGAAUACCGACACGGAAAUUUUUAACCGGCAAUAUGAAGCUCAGCCCUGCGAUGAGGAAAGUGAACAACAGAACAUACAGCCAAAUCGCUACUUCAUCCCAGAGCGAGAAGAGAUAGUGCAGUUGCUCUGCUACUCACCGGCGCCGCGGAUAGACGAGGAGGCCCAUCUUCGUCGAUUGGAUUUCAUCCGCCUCAUGGUUCGGUGGCAGCGCCGGAAAGAGAGCCCCCGCCGUGGGAAGCAAGCAAGCGCUGUAAAUUCCCAGCCGGAGUGGGAAACAACGACGAGGGAAACCGCUCCAGCAAAUAUUGCAGAGAAAUAUCAUCCUCUGCAGUGCCCGUUCUGUCUGUCAGACCGAAGCUUACCUCCUAUAGACCGUGAGAAGAAAAAGAGCAAACGCAAUAAGCUGUGGGAUCAUGUGGAGACCAUGCACAAACUCGAACUCGCAGCGUUCGAUGACGGCAUAAACCCUUGUGGAUUAUGUGACAUGAGAAAGGUUCACUUUGUCCCUCCGAGCGUUCACACUUCAAAAACCAUACCCAGAAGGUCCAUGGAAUCCGGCUUCGCCCUUGAUAUGUGCCUUCAUUACACUCAUUAUCACCAACAGGCUUCCUCAUCUGGAAUACCUGCUUUUCUUAUUUCAUGA